AUUAGAUAUACUGUUGCUGGGAUUGAGAUAUAAGCUUAAAAACUAGUAUCGUUUAUUUAAAAUUCCAAUUUCUAGUACUAUAAACGCUAUCGUAGAAGAUUUGAGAAACUUGACACAUCUCUAUGGUAAAAUUAAGUGUUUAUGUAAAUAUUAUCGUAUAGAAGAUGACGAACCACUACUGCCUUCAAAAUUAGUGCAAUCAUCAAGGCUAUGGAGGACCCCUCCGAAGUUAGACAUACAACCUCUAUCUCUUCUCAAAGAGCUUUCAUCCCCUUUCAACGCUAUUGCAAACAACUUAUCGGUCAAAUCUCCAUCCUACACCAGCUUACGGGAAAUACACGAAACACAUACACCUGUCGAUGAGCCUUAUGACCAUGUUCGAUCAGUAUGUGGCUUACUACCUUCCGACUUUGACACGCGCUCGACCUCUAGUCGAUCUACAAUGGUUGAUUCUGGCUACGAUAAGUCUCAUCAUGAGGAUACCUUGAAGCAGAUUCUUUCUCCUUCACCAGCACCUGCUGGAUACACAUUAGAGUGA